GGUGGCACUGAUUGGCAUUGAUAGGUGGCACUGACUGGCACUGAUGGGUGACAUUGAAAGGCAGCUCAGAUGGGCACUGAUAUGUGGCAUUGAUGUGCACUGGUAUGCACUGAUAUGUGGCAUUGAUGUGGCACUGAUGGGCACUGGCACGUGGCACUGAUGAGCACUGACAGGUGGCACUUCUGGGACACACUGAUCAUCAGGACACGCUGAUCAUCACCGAUUAGCGGCUCUCCUCUCCUCUUGAGCUGUCAGCGUGACAGCUCGAGAGGAG